UACAACUACCUGGCGCUGAUUCUGGGUGUGCCACUGAUACUGAUCAUCAUCCUGGGCAACAUCCUCGUGUGUCUUAGUGUGCUCACCGAGCGCUCGCUCAAAACAGCCACCAACUACUUCAUCAUCAGCCUGUCUGUGGCAGAUUUACUGCUGGCUGUGUUGGUGCUUCCUCUCUACGUCUACUCUGAGUUCCUGGGAGGAAUCUGGACCCUCAGCACGUACAUCUGUGAUGCUCUGAUGACCAUGGAUGUCCUGCUGUGCACUGCCUCCAUCCUCAACCUGUGUGCCAUCAGCGUGGACAGGUACAUCGCAGUGGUGGUGCCCCUGAAGUACAACAGGAACCAGUUCAGCGUGCGCCAGCUCGCCCUCAUCACUGCCACCUGGGUGCUCUCCCUGGGCGUGGCCAGCCCCGUCAUCUUCGGCCUCAACCAGGUGCCGGGCCGAGACCCGAGGGUGUGCAAGCUGGAGGACGACCGCUUUGUGGUGUACUCCUCCAUCUGCUCCUUCUUUGUGCCUUGCCCCGUCAUGCUCUUCCUGUACUACUGGAUGUUCCGGGGGCUCCGCAGGUGGAGCUCUGGGAGGAGUCGCUCCCAGCUGACCAGGGCAGGCCGCUGCAGCCUCUCCCUGCGCCUCAGCUCCGCCCUGAGCAGGGAGAAAGCGGGGAAAGGGAGCGGGCGGGAGAAGGUGAUGUACCUCAUGCCCGCCGGUUUCAGCCCCACCUCCGUGUCCGCUGGGUCCGCCGCGUCGCCAACGGCAACCCCGGUGGCGGAGGAGCAACCGGACGGGGCGGGGGUGGGGACCGGGGGUGGGGCGGAGAGCGACCCCGUGACCACACAGCUGGACAGCAUGUCGGAUGCAGAGCCCACGGAGAGGCCUCCGAGGGAGGGGGACAGCGGCAGGGAGAACGGCCUGCCCAAGACCCGCGGGGGCAAGAAGAGCAGACGUAACAGCAAGAGCAGCAGAGUGAGCGGGAGAGAGCGCAAAGCCAUGAAGGUCUUGCCCAUUGUUGUGGGAGUGUUCCUGGCCUGCUGGACACCCUUCUUUGUGGUGCAUGUCACCAAGGUGUUGUGUGUGUCCUGCAACAUCGGGCCCACGCUGAUCUCCGUGGUGACCUGGCUGGGGUACGUCAACAGUGCCGUCAACCCCAUCAUCUACACUGCCUUCAACGUAGAGUUCCGGAACGUCUUUCACAAACUGCUCUGCUGUCGAACAUGAAACCGCCUCAAUGGGAAAAGUAUCUUUCACUAAACUCUUCAACGUUACCUUUGACACAUGGAUAGGUUGUAUUGGACAUGCUGCUUGACUUCUGGAAGGUCUUUCACAUAACAUGUCUGUUGCUGAACAUGACAUCUUUCAUUUUUUGGGUUUACUGUAAGUGCUUGCCAGAUGUAUAGUGAUCAACAGUAAUUAAACAAUUACACAAAUAAAUACACUUGCAACCAUAUUGACAACCAUAUUUGCCCAAUGUCUUAGAGAACUUAGUGGACUGACGGACAUGGACUCUUUUCCAGUGUUUUUACAUAGAAAAUCAAACAUUGCUGAGUUUACUUCUGUAAAUAUUGAUUGCCUACAGUAGAUGUGAAUACUGUUGAUAUCAUAGCCCAGAGGCAUAAAAAUGUGAACAGUUAAUGAUUAUAAAUGUAUUUGAUAUAGGUAUGUUAUUCUUCAAAUAAAAUAUUCAUGUAUAAUUAGCUUUCAUUUCCUAUAAUGUGCAGGUUCUCACAGUAGUUGAUAUUGAACUAACUGUCAAAAAAUUAUCUAAAGGAUUCAAUCUGGGUUAAAACAACGAAUAUUAUUUUACAACUUUCGCUGUAAGCGUUUUUGGAUGUUAUGUUGCAUCUCAAAAAACCCUGUAAUAGAAAAUACAUUCUGAGCAGGGAGAUACAAAGAUAACAUAACAUUAUUAUGUAAUAAAACCUGUCCAAAUCAUAAGGGUAUUUCGAUUUGGGGAGUGAAAACUGUUUUUUAGGACAACAACAAUGACACUUCUAUUUUACUUCAAAAAAUAUUGCCUGUGCAAAUGGGGAUUUUUUUUUACAUGUUUACACACCAGUAAUCUAUUUUUGGAGUUUCACAGCCAAUGGAAAUUGUGAAAGUUACAGUAUUAACAAUAACCUCAUUUGUAAUGUUACGACUUGUGAAGUAUUGCAAAAGUGCUGUGAAGAGGCGUCUGUGACAAACUGUAAACAGCACGUCUUGUCAUUAAAAGCUGAAACGAUUAAAAGACUC